CGGAUCAAAAGGCGUCGGACGGUGUAAAGUCGGAAUCCAUAGUUACCGAUUCCAUCUAUCACCAGAAGAAAACCUCUGAUUCUUCCAUCGAUCCUACAAUCCGAUCUCCAUAACUGCAUUUGAUUCAUUCUACCCGAAACGCCCUCUAAAUCCAUCUUAUUUUUCUCUAUAAAUUUUCAUCUACGCACUUGCCAUCAUCCAUCCAUUCAUUCCUUGAACCGUUACCAAUGGCAGAACAAAAACCACAGCUCUUUGAACUCAACAAUGGAAAAAUGAAGGUUAUCGUCUCCAACUAUGGCUGCAUCAUCACUUCCUUGUUCGUUCCUGAUAAAGAUGGAAAAUUGGGUGAUGUUGUUCUUGGAUUUGACUCUCUCGAACCCUAUCUGAAAGGUGCUGCACCCUACUUUGGUUGCAUUGUUGGAAGGGUUGCAAAUAGGAUUAAGGAGGGGAAGUUCACACUCAAUGGGACGGAAUAUUCGUUGCCAAUUAACAACGGUCCAAACAGUCUCCAUGGUGGGCUUAAAGGAUUUGACAAGGUAGUUUGGGAAGUCGUUGAACAUAAACAAGGCGACAAUCCGUCAAUAACCUUUAAGUAUCGUGCUUGUGAUGGGGAAGAAGGUUACCCCGGAGAUCUUUCCGUCACUGCAACUUACACUCUUACUUCAGCAACUGCAUUGAGGCUCGACAUGGAAGCAGUUCCCGAGAAUAAGCCAACACCCGUUAAUUUAGCUCAACAUACCUACUGGAAUCUGGCAGGCCACAAUUCUGGUUCCAUUCUCGACCAUUCAGCGCAGAUUUGGGCAAAAUACAUCACUCCCGUGGAUCAACACACAAUCCCGACCGGCGAGAUCAAACCCGUCGCAGGAACUCCAUUCGACUUCACCAACGAGAAGAAAAUCGGCACUUCUAUCCACGAGGUUGGUUUAGGGUACGACCACAACUACGUGCUCGAUUGUGGGGAAGAAAAAUCAGGCUUGAAACGUGCUGUGAAACUGAAGGACCCAUCGAGCUCAAGAGUUCUCAACUUGUGGACCAAUGCCCCCGGAAUGCAGUUUUAUACGGCUAAUUACGUAAAGGGGAUAGUCGGGAAAGGCGGAGCCGUGUAUGAAAAACACGGAGGAGUGUGUUUGGAGACGCAGGGGUUUCCGAAUGCCGUCAACCAAGCGAAUUUCCCGUCGGUUGUCGUUCAACCUGGCGGUAAGUAUCUACAUAGUAUGCUGUACGAGUUCUCGGUCGAAUAAGGCUUUAUUUUUCUGUGUUAAUUAGAUUUCGCAUAAGUUGGUGAACUCCGUGUGCUUGUUUCGAAAUAAUGUUUGGUUAUGAAAACGCUUCUAAAUUUUGAACUUAUUUGA